AUUUUUGCUGUCAUCUAUGGAAAUUGAAAAUUUUAAUGUGGAAGCACUGGUCUUUGUUCUUCAGCAAGUGAUGCAAGUUUAGCGAAGUUUCAGCAAUAUUUUGAAAGCGAAAACCCGUUCAAAAGACUUUAGUUUUGUCAUAGAAUGGAGACGAGUAACGGCCACAUUUCUGAGAGUAAUGGUGUAAAAAUCGAAGCGAAAGAAACGAACAUUUAUCAGAGAAAAUUAGCAUCUUAUAUUAUUGCUCUGAGGCCAUGGUCUUUCUCGGCCAGCAUGACGCCUGUCGCAUUGGGCUGUGCGUUGUGUUACAAGAUGACAAGUCAUUUUGAUGCUUUUGUGGUAGUUUUAACCUGUGUGGCUGUCGUAGCUGUCCAUGCCGCUGGAAACUUGGUCAAUACUUACUAUGACUAUAUUAAAGGCGUUGAUAGCUGCAAGGUAUCUGAUGAUAGGACGUUAGUUGAUCAAGUUUUAACACCCCAGGAAGUUGUUCGUCUUGGAGUUUUGUCCUAUCUCAUUGGCUGUAUUGGUUUAUGCGGUUUGGUAUUCAUGUCCUCGGCCUCGUUAGAACAACUUUCAUUACUUUUCUUUGGCGGUCUGUCGGCAUCGUUUUUGUACACCGGUGGAUUUGCCUUAAAGUAUUAUGCCCUUGGUGAUCUGGUAAUCGUUGUAACAUUUGGACCUUUGGCAGUCCUAUUUGCAUUUGUGGCCCAGUGCGGUAGCUUCUCAUGGAUGCCAUUGUUAUAUGCUACGCCUCUAGUAUUAAACACAGAAGCAAUCUUACACAGUAAUAAUACUAGGGAUAUGAAACAAGAUCAAUUAAAUGGCAUUGUAACAUUAGCUAUUUUACUUGGGCAGCGAGGUUCAUACAUACUCUUCAUGUUCCUAUUGUUUACACCUUAUGUUUUAUUUGCCGUUCUAGCUGUGAACUAUAACAUAGCUUUCUUAUUGCCAUUAGUUACAUUAAGAGUGGCAUUUGAUUUAGACAGACGGUUCAGAGAGCGAAACAUUGAUUCAUUACCCCAAAAAACUGCCGUAUUGAACUUGUACUUAGGGCUGAUGUAUGUUAUAAGUGUUUUACUAGCGGUUCAUUAAAAGAUGUGCAUUAAAGCUCUUAAUUAAACAGUUGCAAUUUCAGUGUCAUAUUUAUUGUAAUUGUAUAUUAAAGGGGCAGUGUCACAGUUCUACUGCGCAUCCAAAGUAUGUGCGAACUUGACAAACUGUCUGCCAACAAUUAAUCAAGUUAGGAGUGAAAUGUGAUAUACCAUUUAUAAUCCCUUCGUUAUGCAGGACAUCCUUGCUUUGUUUUAAAAAUUGAAGGCUGCUGCAUCUUCCAAUCAUGUAGCAUUAAUUUUAAACGUUUCUUUGUGCUGUUUAUUUUAGCCAAUCAGAGCUGUGACACUACCCCUUUAACUCAUUAAGCUGCAGAGCUUCCCCAUUGAUGAGUGAAAUCGUCUGGCGUUAGACAAGGAUGAAAAAUAAGUAGGGUGCAUUGUGGGUUAAUUAAUAGAAAAAUUUCUUUCAAAUUUUACAUGUGAGUGUUUUAAUACUUAUAAUUGGGUCAUUCCAGAAAAGAUCCAUACUCCCCCCACGGAGGAAAUUUAUGCUGUCCAGAGGGGGAGGGGAGAAAAAAUUGUUUCUGAUAAUAGUAAAUGUAUUACAUCCGAAGGGCAGGGCCGGAGCUACGGGGGGUGUGGGGUGUGUGACACAAUUUGAUGUCCCUCCGAUGAGAAUCGGGUAUCGUGUAACUGGGGCCUAGGAGUCGUCUAUUAAGAAACUUUUUAACAGCAACUAGUAAAUUUGAUUGCAUUUCAGGGGCUCUGGGAGGUUUCAGAUUUCAAAGGGGACCCCCCUGACGAACUCACGCCUUCGACGUUUGCUAUAGACCUCCAUCGGAAAUUCCACAAGCUUCCGUGGCUAGCAGGUGGUCGGUACAAGCUCGUUCGUCAGUCGGUUAAGAUGACCUUACACCCCCCUGAAAAAUUUCCUGGGGACGGCCCUGCCGAAGGGGGUUAACUUCCUAUUUCCUCCGUGGGGGUGGUAUGGAUGUUUUCUGGAAUGACCCAUUCCAGGAAAUGCCCACACCUCCCCAAAGGAGGAAAUUGGAAGUUAAACUCCCUCCCCCUUCAUAUGUCCUAGUACAUUAUACUACAGUGGAAUCCGAUUAAAACGGCCAAUGGUGGGCCGAAAAAGUUUGGCCAUAUUAAUAGGGUGGCUGUUUUAACAGGGUAUCUUUAUAAGAAAAUGAAUUGUCUUGGCAUUUUUCUGGGACAAAAAUAAGUGGCCAUAAUGACGAGGUGACUAUAUUAACUUGGUGGCCAUAAGGUGGGGUUCCACGGUAUUAUCAGAAGUUAAUAUUUCACCCCUCUGCAGAUUGGAUCUUUUCUGGAAUGACCGAUUGGCAGAUAUUGUGCAAUCUAAUUAAUAAUUAACAGUUUUACCAGUAAUGAAAUCAACCACAGUAACCUCUGUAGGAAUCUCAAAAGGAUUUUAAGUUUUGAAGGAUUUGUAAGAAAUGUUUGAGGUAACUGACUUCCCUCAAACAUUUCUUAGAAAUCCUUCAAAACUUAGAAUUUGCCUAUGCAAAAUUCCUACUGUGCUCACAGGAACUUUAAUCAGCCUUAAACACCAUGUGAUAAAUUGCAUUGACAAUAUAAUUUGUAAUUUAUUGAUAAUUUAACUUGUUUUGAACAAUUUAUAAUGAAUCAUUAGACAGUAUCCUGGGUUUACAUGAAUAUAAAAUAGGUUUCACAUAUAUUUCACUUAUAAUAUUUUCGAUUUAAUUUCCACAUGUUUUUCAGUUUUGAAUUCCUACGGUAGGCCAUGAAGAUCAAAUUGAGUAUACAGACUUUCAGUUUGUUUAUAAACUUCGUCCAUCGCUAAGGCGACUUCAGCUAAAAUUUCUUUCGUUUCCUCGACGUUGUGUAAAUCGCUUCCACAUUUUUCCAAGAGAUUUCCACACGUCCCCAGCGUGUAUGUAGCGACCCCGACACCUUUACGUAUUAACCACGGGUGAAACUGUGCCAAUGUCUCGUGAUAAGAAUCAUAAGCAAUGGUUGACGAUUUGUCUUCUAAACCUGCUUCGGCCAAGCGCUUCAUAAACAAACCCGCAAACGCGAGAGCUCUGUGGAGCCUCAACAAAGUCCUCGAGCCGCUAGGGUGUUCAGCACUUACAGAAAAGUCCUUGGGAAUCUCAUACUCCAUCAUCGAUUUCACCGUUCGAUAAAAUUCGCUAAUUUCUCCGCUACGAUAAUAUUGCAAAAUGGCAACUUUUUCAUUUAUAUCUGAAUUAAUAUAGCCAAAUACGGUCCCCAGAAGAUCAAAAAAAUGGGUAAGCUGUACAUAACCACGUACAUAUUCGUCAAUUACAACUUCUUCGCCGCCUUUCGCCUUUUUAAAAGCAUCUAAAAGUUCUUUUGGGUUAAAUUUGACAGUUUCAUUCAUUUUGAGUCAGUCAAAAGCAGAGACUUCGGGAAAAAAGUCUGCACCCCCCCCCUGACUUUUGUUGUUUCACAUGCUUCCACUUUGAAGUUGAGAUUUUCCUUACAAACCUUUGAAAACA